GUGCCCUUCAUGCUUGAUGUCCUGCACCUCACGGUGAAGCGCUUCACAUUCGCCCGUCGCGGGCGUCAAGCUUUGCCAACGGCCGAGGGGCGGAUGCACGAGGGCCGGCAGCGGAGCUUCAAAGCUGCGGCAAUAUUUUGGUGUUUAACUGCAGACUUCUACUUUGCCAUCUUGUAUGCGCUAAAGGAUGAGUCAACCACACUGUUCGAGUGGUUUUGUGCUCCACACGUCUUUGGCGGCGUCAUUGGUGGUGAGUAG